AUGUCGACCGACGCCGAAAAAGCGGCAGCGCAGCUCGCGGAGACGUCGAUCGAGCCCGCGAACCCGGUGCACGAGCCGUCGGGGAUGGAUCUGAACUCCCGACUCGAGCUCGCGCUGACGAUCGCGGAGGAAUGCGUGCAGCCGGACGAGCUCAGGAAACUGUUGGAGAAGAAACCCGUGCCGGUGUGCUACGACGGCUUCGAGCCGAGCGGACGCAUGCACAUCGCGCAGGGAGUGAUGAAGGCGCUGAACGUGAACAAGCUGACGAAGAUUGGAUGCAAGUUUAAGUUUUGGGUCGCCGAUUGGUUCGCGCUGAUGAACAACAAGAUGGGCGGCGAUUUGAAGAAGAUUCAAAAGGUCGGCGCGUACAUGGUUGAGGUGUGGAAAGCAAUCGGAAUGGAUUUGGAAAACGUAGAGUUCGUGUGGAGUAGCGAGGAGAUCAACAGCCGCGCGGGAGAGUACUGGCCGUUGGUGUUGGACAUCGCGCGGAAGAACAAGCUCGCUCGGAUUCUGAGAUGCUCGCAAAUCAUGGGUCGAAGCGAGAGCGACGAGCUCUCGGCGUCGCAAAUUUUCUACCCGUGCAUGCAGUGCGCCGACAUCUUCUUCCUCGGAGCCGAUAUCUGCCAGCUCGGGAUGGAUCAGCGCAAGGUGAACAUGCUCGCAAGAGAGUACUGCGACGACAUCAAGCGAAAGAACAAACCCAUCAUUCUGUCUCACCACAUGCUCAUGGGCCUCAAGCAAGGCCAGGAGAAAAUGUCCAAGUCGGAUCCCGACUCGGCCAUUUUCAUGGAAGACAGCGAGCAAGAGGUGAACACGAAGAUCAAGAAGGCGUACUGCCCAGAGAAGGAGAUCGCCGGGAACCCAUGUAUGGAGUACAUCAAGUAUGUCAUCAUCCCUUGGUCCGGAAAGUUUGAUUUGAAGCGCAAGGAGGACAACGGUGGGGACAAGACGUAUGAGACGUACGAAGAGUUGGAGGCGGAUUACAUCUCGGGCGCGGUGCACCCGGGAGAUUUGAAGCCUUCGCUUGCGGCAAUGCUCAACGCUAUCUUGCAGCCGGUGCGCGACCACUUCAAGAACGACGCCGCGGCGAAGGCGUUGUUGGCGCAAGUCAAAUCGUUCAAGGUGACGAAGUAG